AGAUACACGGCGCGGCAUUGACCACCGCUGAGAGAGAGAGAGCGCCAAAGUGCUGGAAAAUUCGCAAAACAUUAUCCUUUGAGGCGAGUUCGCUGCUUGCACUGAUGUUUGUAGCAAGUUGCAGUCAGAAAGGCUCGGAUGGCUGUUCGCUGUGUUUUCUCGGUGCGCGACUGAAAAAGGAAGUGAGACUAUUUUUUUCUUUCUGGUGCCGAAACGGGCGGCGGAUUAUCGGGUGUUCACAAUUUGGCAAAUUAAAAGUGCGAGUUGAAAAUUGAGGUUCCGCCCGGACGGCUCAGCUCCGCGAAGUUCUGGUGUUUUUGAGGGUGGGAGCUCGCUGGGGAAAAUUCGGAAAAGUGCAAAGUGUCCACCAGGAAAAUGUCUACUACUAGUGAGCAGAACUGUGAUGUGCGUCUGCACACGGAGAUCGAGGUGCUGAAGAACGCUCUCGCCGAUAAGCACUCGCAACUGCUGGCCAUGGAGAACGCCUGCCUGCAGGAAAGCGACCGACAGGUCGAACUGGAGGACAGUAUCAUCGCGUGGCAGGACAAGUACGAACGGCUGUACGAGUCGCACAAACGGGUCCAGAAGGUGAACCAAAAUCUGGAGGAUAAGCUGCUGAAGCUGGUCGACAGGAAUUCCGGCGAACGGGCACAGCUGACGAGCGAUGUGGCGACGCUUAGCGUACGGCUGGCCCAGGCCAACUACAACAUCCAGAGCCUGAAGCGGGAAAUCGAACGAUACAAAACAGACAUGAGCGUUGCCAUCCAGCUGCUGCAGUGCAAACCGGACAGCUUCGUUUCGCCAAAGCUUUCUACGCUUCCAAUCGAGAUCCAGUCCAAGGUGGCCACCUACAUGCGUCUGGACACCAACUCCCACUCGGACUCGGAGGGCAGCACCAGCGGGGUCGGGGUGGCCACCGCCAGCUCCUACCACGUGCUUCCCGCCUCGGACAGUCCACCGCCAAUGUGUCCCUUCCCGCCAACUGCCAUGGUUUACUCGAUGCGGGGAAUCGGUAAGUAUGCGAGCCAAUCCUCCUCUUCGCACGAUGGUGGUGGGGGAGGUGGCGGUGGUGGUGCGGUCAGCAACGGUGGCGGAGGAACAGGAAAACUUCAAUCGCACCAGGAUGUGCUAUCCUUGGGUCAUAUAAAUAGCGGCGACAGUUUGCUCGGGAGCAGCAGAGGUAAUCGCAUUGACCGCAAUGUCGUGUCACCGUCCGUGAUGGCAAAGUUUCUGGAAGACGAAUUAAAAUCAAGUGAGGCUUUGCUUAACUCCCACGUUAAGCAUUGCGAGACGUGCGUCUGCCCGAGGAACGGCAAUCUCACAAGUGGGUCACUGAUCCUGGCCGAUUUGCUUGGCGAUGGACAGAAGUACUUCAGUGUUGGAACGCAGACUAUUAUCAAGGGUGAAACCAAUAACUCGCUGUGCUUAAGGUGUAACAAUAAUCUAAACUCGCCGUCCCACAACAAUAGUCCUUAUAUCAUGAAGCUGAUCAAGUCCAGUGAUAGUGUCAUUUCGGAGACGAAGAGCAGCGUUUCGGACUUCCUGACGACACCGGACCAAACCUCGCCCAACAAUGGAACGGAUCAAGCAACGUUAGCUCCUUCGAAGAAGGACGACCUGAUGGUGAACCCUAUUCUGGGUCACCACCGAAUAACGGAAAGGACUGGCAACUACAACAGCGCGUCACCCAAUUCCGACCCACCGGUACAGUCAGGAUUAGGAUUAACUAAAAACAGCAGCUACUCAAGCGGAAAUGGCACGAAGCUCCCGCCUGUCAGUCAAACCAAGAAAGCUCAAGACAUACUGAAACCGAAAAUCCAGGCAACGGUGUCCGCUGGAAGUAAGUACACUGGCGAAUCUCCCUCUUACAUAAUCAAAGAUACAGAUCAGAUGAGCGGCAUCCAUACGCUUCAAACUCCCAAGUCGGGUGUCGGAGGAACUUUCGGGAGUGUUACUAGUCAGCCAAAUAAAGUGACGGGUAGCAGUGUUGGUAGCGGGCUGUACCAUGCGGUAGGAAGUACCAACAGUCUGUGGAGUAGAUCCAGCAGCCGGGACCCGGAACGGGAUGGCGCAAAGAUAUUCGAGAGCUUUAAUAGGAAUCUCAUUAAAACAAUCAAGGCUGAAAAUCCCAAGAUGUCUGGCCCACGGAUCUGCUCUCUUCGAAUUCAAAAUGGUUCGAGCAACAUACUGCUGGACAGUCUCCAGGAUGACAUCGUCGACGAUCUACUGGAGAGCAAAUCAUCGGUAGGACCGGUGAUCUACACUAGGCGAGCCAAAUUCCUGGACGAGGAACUGUUACUAGACGAUGAUCCAUCGAUUGGACUGAAUGGUGCCAUAAAAACGACAAGCCUUCCAACUGCAAGCACAAGUGUAAAUAAUAGUAGCAACAGUAGCAAGCAGACAUCAAUGGUAGUCAACGGUUCGGGUAGUGGCGUUCUAAGUAGUGGCCACGGUUCUGGUGGUAACCAAGGAACGGACCAAUCCCGCCAGGACAGCUCACCGAAAGACGUUUGCAACAUGAGCACAACUACGUCGCCCAAUUCGUCCGACCGACUUUGUACAAUCGGAGAAGAGGUCAACAAUUUGCUGUUGAACACGAAGAUAACGUCCAAUCUUGCUCCCAGUAAACCGAGACUCGACAUCAACGUGAACAAACUAGAAGGUCUCGAUCUGAACUCGAAGAAGUCCUGCACACAGUCAAGUUCCAUAUCUAGCGAGAUCGACAUUCAAGAAAGUGUGAUGCUUAGGAGACAGCAAUUGUCUCGCGUUGCGGAAUGGGUGCAGAACAACUCGAAGAUUGGCAACACUGAGAACAUGAGCAAUACCGAGUCAGAUAGUGAAAACCUAGCACUUGCUUCCGCUGCUUCGCUCACUUUAGUCGAUAGCAUCAAUAAUAAUAAUGCACCCUGUAAUGGUAUAUCAACGCUUGAAUCCAAAGGAAAUUGUAUUGAAACAAAACCGGUAGCUAGUGAUAUGAAAAUUAGUCGUAGCAGCAGUAACAGUGCCAUGGCGCAGCACAUACUUAGCGAUAACGUUCUUAGCAAUAGUAAUGCAUUCAACAACAACCACAUAAUCAACAGCAACAAUAAUAAGAAUACCAAUUCGUUUGCUCAAGCCAAUAGCACCAACGCAUCUACCGUGCGAGGAUACAGCCAUUCUAGUCUUAAGGCAGUCAUCGCGUCCAACGCAACUCAGCUGAAUUUUACCAAUAAUAAUCACGGCACGUAUCACGGAAACCUGAGCAAUAUACCCACGUUCAGCAGCGGAGCACUAACCAGGCCACGACAGCCGGACGACAUCAAAGCACUGCUCGAGCAACCGCUGCGUCAUAAUUUGGAGUGCGAUCUGGACGACGGCAACAGUGUGGACAUCGCUCAGAUGGAGUACAACGUGAAGCAGUUCCUGUUGAAGCAAAACGAGUGGUCGUCGAUGUCGCGCCGAAUGUCGUCCUCAACCACGUCCGGAACGGUUGACUCUACGGCACAUCGGCAGCAGAAUCCGCCGCAACAGCAACCGGUGGUUGAAGAGCCUUUGCAGCGGAUCUUAUCCGUAAAUUCGAGAAGUAACGACGGGGGACUUAAGGGCAGCUUUCCAGGGACCGCGGUUCAGCAAACGACACAAUUCCACAUGAAUAAAUAUCCGAUUAACCCUCAUAGGACGGAGACUAACCUGUAAGAAGGUUCAACAAGCUAAAGUGAUUUUAGAGAAGUGCUGAAAUGAGUCGCUGGAAAAUAGUUGUUCAUUGCAUAACUGUUUAUGCAGUCUUAAUCUGAAUUUGAGUAACAAUCAUUCAAAUAGCUUUCAAAAAUUUAAAACAAGUUUAUGUAAAACAUGAACACUGGCUUCAUAUUUUUGAUUUCCUAAGACCAAAUUUCAAUAAUUCAUUUAGUUUUUAUUUGCCCACAAUUCCCCAAAACAAGAAUAAAACCGUGUAAUGCUCAACAGCACAUGUUUAAAUUGUCUCAACAAGGAAGAAGCUCAAAGGAAAUCAAUUUCACGAUGUUUUCGAACUUUAAAUCCAAUGCCCCGAAAUUUGAACCAGCAACCCAUAGCUAGUCAACUGAAUGUGAUCAAUCAUAAAUGAACCCUGAUGUACACUCCAAAUGCAUGGUAAGAAAUAAAAUACCUUGGAUAGAAAAAUAAGGAUCGAAACAUAAAUUGUGCUUGAAUGGGCAAAACAGAAGCAAGCUCUCCAGACAUUCGUGUUCAGUUCCAAAAUAUGUCAUUUAAGUAUAUGGAUUGAUGCAGUCCGCUGGUUGGUUUGUGUCAUCUGAAUGUCAUAGCAUAACGAGAUUACGGAGCUCUUUGCUAAAGUAAAGUAAAUAAAUUGUAAGAUGGAAAAUUGACAGUUUUCAUGUUCUGCUAAAAUCCGUAGCUGUUAAGAACUAAGAAUAAGAUGUCCUGAAAAAUAUCAACCUGAUUCAAAAACUAAUAUGUAAUCAAACCAAAGCAUCCGAAGCAGCUGCUGACUCUAGAUACGUCGAGAAGCAUGUGGUAGUGAAAAUGAAGAGACGUUCGCAUAAAAUGCCUUUCUUUUAGUAGAUUACCAAAUCGUAGUAUGUAAAACACUAAAUAAAUAAGAAUGGAAAUAAAAUGUUAAUAUUGCUGAAAUAAUUGGUGAAUGAAAGAAGAAAAACCGGAAGUAGAGCAUCCAAUAUAUAAGGAUCUAUCUAUCCAAAAAAAUAAGUAAGAAUAGUCAUACCCAGAACGCUUUGCUGAGUGCAUAAAAACCAAAAAGAGCGCCAAGACUAAACUAAGACAUAAGGGGCUUCGCUGGUUACCACUAAACGCCUGCAGCGCUUGUCAUCUCCCUUCAAUCCUAUCAAUCUUAGAGUAUGCUAUCAUCGUAACUUACCUACCUUUUGGUCGUCAUCAUUCAAAAAUUCUGCACGAAAUGUUUUAUUGCCAAAAACUGGUGUGGUGAUUCAUUGAUCGAAACUAAUAGGAAUAUAGUGACAAUUUUCUUGCAGAAUGACAAAGCUCUUUAUUCUUGUUUUGAACGGUUCGCCACUUCAUCCCACAGCUCCUAUUUCUAUCCCAUCAGAAACUAAGCAAUGGAAAGGAAUUUGGUUUGUUUCUUAUUUUUUAAUUUUUCUAUCAGCAGUGAGCACGCGUGUGCUAUAUUAUUUUGUUUUGAAAUGAGAUGAAGAUAUGUUCAGUGAGAUGGAAAACGGAACAGUUCCCCUACAAUAUAUCCAGUCGUUGAAUAAUCUAUUAUCGAUUCCUAAAAUAAUUCAUUCAUCAUCGAUAUAUUUUUUUAAUUUAUGUAUCAAUAGUUGCGAAUCCUUUUGUUUACCCUCGGUAAUUGCAACUUUUUGCCUUUCUCGUAUACUAAGU